AUGCCGAAGCGCAAAACAGCCCCAUCAUCAGCGGCGCGGCCGUCCAAGCUCGCCAAGGAGCACAACAUCACGGCCCAAGAAGAGGGCGAGAUCAAGGAAGCAUGGGGCCUGUUCGCGGAGCCCAUGGACGGCGAGAAGAACGGCGUCCUGCCCAUCGACGACGUCAAGUCCGCGCUCACGGCGCUGGGGGUGCCGCCGUCCCCGUCUGAACUCGCAGAGUUUGUGUCGAUCCUGGACCCCGAGGAGGAAGGGUACGCCACGUACGAGCCCUUCUUCGCGAUAUGCGCGCUCAAGUUCCACGCGCGCGACGAGGACGACUCGGACGCCGCGCACCGGGCGCAGGUCGACGAGGCGUACCGGCUGUUUACCAACGGGACCGAGGGCCCUAUUACGCUCGCGCACCUGCGGAGGGUGGCCGCCGUGCUGAAGGAGGAGGUGGACGAGGAGGUGCUCAAGGACAUGAUUCUGGAGGCGAACGGGGGCGCCGGCGUCGCGAGGGGCGUCAGGGAGGACGAGUUUGAUGGGGUCAUGAGGAGCGCUGGGGUUUGGAGGUGA